GGGGGGGGGGGGGGGGAGAGAGAGAGAGAGAGAGCCAGAGAGAGAGAGAGAGGAUAAGGAUGCAUUUUCAGCCGAGUGGAUGCCGGAUUCAGGGGAGAUUCGGCGACGGCGGCAGCUAAAGGGACGCGCAACGGAGGCUAAUUCAGCGGCGGUAGCGGCAGAAGCAGCGGAGCGCCCCGGGAGGCACGCAGCCCCUCGCUCUCCUCUCCUCCUCCUCCUCUCCGCUCCUCUUUCUCCGUCUCCCCUGCAGGACCAUGCUGGCGUGAGUGAUGAGGCUGUGCACAGGGACGCCAGGCCAGAGAUGCGGCCUACUUCUUCUCCUGAGAGUCGGCCUCUCUGCCGCCACCAGAUCUGUUGAGAACACGCUGCCACCGUCACAUCAUCAGCAUCUUCUUUGGUCAUCCCGCCGAUCCAGGAGCAUGAGAAGGAUUCUGAGCUGCGAUAGCAGAUGUCUGGGUACAAGCGCAUGCGGCGGCAGCACCAAAAGCAGCUGAUCGCCCUGGAGAACCGGCUCAAGGCCGAGAUGGACGAGCACCGGCUACGGCUGCAGAAGGAGCUGGAGACGCACGCCAACAACACUUACAUAGAGCUGGAGAGACUGGCCAAGCGGCACGUGGCUCAGACGGACAAGGAGAUGAAGGCGACGGCCGCGGAGGAGAGGAGGAUCCAGCAACAGAUCGUCGCGCAGCAGAAGAAAGAGCUCACCACCUUCCUGGAGAGCCAGAAGAAGGAGUACAGGCUUUGUAAAGACAAGAUCAAAGACGAGGUGACUCAAGACUCUGGGAUACCCAAAGAGGAGAAGCAGGAGCAUCUGUCCCGGCACAAAGAGACGAUGCAGCGCUCCCAGGCGGAGGAGGAGUCCCACCUGCUGGGCCAGCAGAGGAUGGUCUACGACCGGAGCUGUCGGGCCAUCAAGCGACGCACGGUGGUCAAGAGGCACGAGUUUGAACAGGAGCAGAUCAGAGAGGAGCUGAACAAGAAGAGGAUCCAGAAGGAGAUGGAACACGCCUUGAUGAUACGACAGGACGAGUCCACCCAGGACCUAGAACGGAGGCAGCUACAGAUGUUGCAGUCGCUACGGGCAGAGCUUGUCAGAAUGCAACACCAGACAGAGCUUGAGAACCAAGAGGAGUACGACGGUCGUCGGGAGCGAGAACUACACAGAAAGCACACCUUGGAGCAGCGGCAGCAGCCCAGGAACCUAAAGAUGCUGGAGAUGCAGAUCAAGAAGCAGUUCCAGGACACAUGCAAAGUGCAGAACAAGCAGUACAAAGCUCUGAGGAACCACCAGCUGGAGGUGGCCCCUAAAGGGGACCACAGGGUCAUCCUCAAGUCCCUGAAGGAGGAGCAGACGCGCAAGCUGGCUCUGCUGGCCGAGCAGUACGAGCACAGCAUCAACGAGAUGAUGGCCUCGCAAACGAUGCGUUUGGAUGCAGAGCAGGAGACAGAAUGCCAAGCUCUGAAACAGCAACUCCAGCAGGAAAAGGAGCUUCUGGACGCCUACCAGAGCAAGACCAAGUCACAGAUAGAGAGCCAACAUGAACGGGAGCAGCAGAAGCUUGAGCAGAAGAUCGCCAUACGCAGGGCCCACCUUGAACAGAAGAUUGAAGAGGAGCUGGUCUCACUCCAGAAGGAACGUACUGAGCGGAUAAAGCAGCUGUUUGAGCGCCAGGAAAGGGAAUCGGAUGGCUUUGAUUCGGAAAGCUCUCGGCUCGGCUUUGGAAGCUUGAGAUCCCUGGACUUCAAAGAGGACGACAGAUGAAAGUGGAUGUAUCUUUACAGGACAACUGUGCCCAAGUUCUCACCCCUCCACGCCAACUUGACCUUAGUCUCCCCUCCCCUCCUCCCCCCAGGGCAAAACAAGCUGGAUAACUGUCUGUCCUCGCUCUCUCUCUCCUUUAGGUAUUGCAUUUCCGAAUCAAUGUGUUACGUGCAAUGGGAACUAUUUUUGGUGAAACUUGAAGAGGGGAAAGAAAAAAAACAACCAAAAAAUUCUACAUCCUUUCAAUAAAAUCCAACGUAGUGUAAUGGUGUAAACUCAUCACGUAGAGUUGGACACAACAAAAUCAAAUCACAAUAUCUUACAAGACUUUUCCCCCUGCGCCAUUUCUCCUCCUCCUUUUUGGUAAGGAAUUGAAUGAAUUCAGGAACAAUUUUAGUAAAGAUGGGCACUUUGAUAUAUAUUUAAGUUUGUACCCAUUAUGUUAGUAUGAUGUAUGAUGCAUAAUGCAUACGUGACAUUAGGGGGCGUUGCCGUUGUGGAAUGUUUGCUAGGGGUCCGCCGUGGUUGGCUGGCCUUAGGUUUCUCAGAAUGUGAUUGGUGAAUGGUACAGGGGUCGCUGGAUUAGUUCGGAGCAUUUGUUUUGUUUUGUUUUUUAGAUGCUUUCUUAUCAUUUUCUGUUGUGCUUUUACAUGCAGUAAUCUGUAGUGCCACCUAUUUUAAGCAAACUCUUAUACCCUCAUGGUUUUGUUCACGUCGAAAGAAUUGGCAUUAGUUGAAUCCACUAAUUUAUCUUAUCACAGUUGAAGACCCCACUUGGUAAAACUGCUUAUUAUUGCAUGCACUUUAAGGACAAAUUCAGGUUGUGAAGUAAAGCAUGGAUCUGUCUGAUCUAAUUUUAGCUGUUUGUAAAUAAAAGUGGUCAUUACCUUUUUGUUUCAAGCAUAUGGAUACAAGACAUUAGCGCCAUAUUUGAUAUGAUAAUUUCACAAAUGCCUUUAUUUAUGUUGUGCCUAUAAAGCAAAUUUGAGUUAUUUAAAUAUGUAGGUUUUGUAUAUACAUAUAUAUUUCUAUAUAUAUAUACAUAUAUACAUAUAUAUAAAUAUACAUGUAUUUAUUUGUUUAUAUAUAUAUAUGUAUAGUUUUACAAGUACGGCACCUUUUUGUUUCAUCCAAAUUUGUGAAUCAUUUAAUGUUCACUAAUCCAAGGUCUUGUAAAGGAAAAAAGGUGAGAAUUGUGCUGUAUAACUUUUGAUAUAUGAAUAUUUGUACAUGAGAAUAUAGCUAGAACAUACAGAGGCAAUGGUCUAUUACUGACAUCGAAACUUAAUAUAACAAAGUUUUGUUUUCUUACAAUAUAGAAAUAUGGUCAUGCGGUAGCAGAACAUCCUACAUAGCCUACAUGCUACGGUCAACCGACUGGACUUUAUCAGAUUGUAUGAUACUGUCACAAACCACAGGCUUUCUUUAAAGUACAAUGAUCUCUGCAAGGUCUCUGAUUCUACUCUAUUUAACCUAAUAAAUGGCUGGUCUGGGUUGCAUUUGAUUCAAGAGUGUGCCAGUGACCAAGUUGAUAAUCUCUGCAAUGUUGAUGGAUAUCAUUGAACAGAUUGCACAACGUUUCCAUCCUACUCGAUGGAGAGAUGAAUGUUUGGUGCUUGAUUUAUAAUAACACCAUUAGCCUUUCUAGUCUUUUGUCCUAGAGAGAAGACUAUAAUAAUUUAUUGUUCACAGGUUUUACAACAUGGGAAAGAUAAAACCCUUUGAUACCCCUCAUAAAUUAAUACUUCAGUCAGUUUUUUGUUUUGUUUAAUUAUUGUUUUGUCGGCGUGUCAUAGGUUUGUGACACUCUGAGAUUAUCCCUUGCAAUGAAUCCCUCUAAGAAUGACAUGUAUGUAUGGAAAAAAAUAAAUACUAUUUUAUCACA